GGCGUGUUGGAUCGAGGUGCCCCCUCUCCCCUCCGCUCCUUCCUUUCUUGCCCUGGCGCUCUCGCCCGCCUCCUGCCUCCAGCCCCCUUCGCUCCUUUUCGGCUCACGCCCCCCUCCUCUCCCUCCAGCUGGCGACGGCAGGGUUGCGCUGCCUCCCAGACCUCGAGGACCUGCUCAGUCAGCUGGGGCCCCCUGCGGACGGCUGCCUCCCUCUCCGCUAGGACCUGCCACUCUGCGCGGAAUGGCAGCCGCAGCAGCAUCCCCGCCAGCGGCGGCGGCGGCUGCAGCCACGGCCACCGCGGACGCUAUUGUUCCCUGGUGUUAAACGCGCUUUCCCUCCUUUUCAUCUGAAACGAACAAUAGCAGGAAAGAGCUUUGCUUUCUGGACUCCUUGGGAAGACGGUGUGAGGGCAAAGAGAAAUUCCCUGCCAACCGCGUUCCGGAUCCGGACCCUGGAGCGGCUGCGGGCGGCAUGGGGCUGCCAGCGAGGCGCUCUGCGUCCCGGAGCCCGGGCGCUGCGGGCCCGCGCCGGGGGGUCCUGCAGCUGCUGCCGCUGCUCCUGCUGCUGCUGCCGCGCCCGGGAGCCUGCGGGGCUGCGGCUCAGGGCGAGGCGGAGGCGCCCACCUUGUAUCUCUGGAAGACGGGACCGUGGGGCCGGUGCAUGGGAGAUGAAUGUGGGCCAGGAGGCAUUCAGACCCGGGCCGUGUGGUGUGCUCACGUGGAAGGCUGGACGACGUUACAUACUAACUGUAAGCCGGCCGAGAGACCCAGUAACCAGCAGAUCUGUUUCAAAGUGUGUGACUGGCACAAAGAGUUGUAUGACUGGAGCCUGGGACCCUGGAAUCAGUGUCAGCCCGUGAUUUCCAAAAGCCUAGAGAAACCCCUUGAGUGCAUUAAGGGGGAGGAAGGCAUUCAGGUGAGAGAGAUAAUGUGCAUCCAGAAAGAGAAGGACAUUCCUGCAGAGGAUAUCAUUUGUGAGUACUUCGAGCCCAAACCUCUCCUGGAACAGGCCUGCCUCAUCCCCUGCCAGCAAGACUGCAUUGUGUCAGAGUUUUCUGCCUGGUCUGAGUGCUCCAAGACGUGCGGCAGUGGGCUCCAGCACCGGACGCGUCACGUGGUAGCACCCCCCCAGUUUGGAGGUUCUGGAUGCCCAAACUUGACAGAGUUUCAGGUGUGCCAGUCCAGCCCCUGUGAAGAGGAAGAGAACAUGUACAGCUUGCACGUGGGUCCCUGGAGCUCGUGCUCGAUGCCCCACUCAAGACAAGUGAGACAAGCAAGGAGACGUGGAAAGAAUAAAGAGCGGGAAAAGGACCGAGGCAAAGGAUUGAAGGAUCCAGAAGCCCGUGAACUUAUUAAGAAAAAGAGAAACAGAAAUAGACAGAACCGGCAAGAGAACAAAUACUGGGACAUCCAGAUUGGAUAUCAGACCAGAGAGGUUAUGUGCACUAACAAGACGGGGAAACCUGCUGAUUUGAGCUUCUGCCGGCAAGAGAAGCUGCCAAUGACCUUCCAGUCCUGUGUGAUCACCAAAGAGUGCCAGGUGUCAGAGUGGUCAGAAUGGAGUCCCUGCUCAAAAACAUGCUAUGACACGGCAUCCCCCAAAGGCACUCGUGUCAGGACGCGGAUCAUUAGGCAGUUUCCUGUUGGCAGCGAGAAAGAGUGUCCAGAACUUGAAGAAAAAGAACCCUGUGCGUCUCAAGGAGAUGCAGUCGUCCCGUGUCCCACGUACGGCUGGAGAACUACAGAGUGGACCGAGUGCCGUGUGGACCCUUUGCUCAGUCAGCAGGACAAGAGGCGGGGCAACCAGACAGCCCUCUGUGGGGGAGGGGUCCAGACACGAGAGGUGUACUGCGUGCAAGCCAAUGAAGACCUCCUCUCACACUUAAGCACCCACAAGGACAAAGAAGAAAGUAAAUAUCAGAGUACGUCGAAGUCUAGUGCUGCACCUUUCCUAUCCAUCACUUUUGAAAUAACAGCCUCAAAACUGGUGGACUUGAACUCAUGCACUGGCCCCGUCCCUAAUACUACACAGCUGUGCCACAUUCCCUGUCCUGUUGAAUGUGAGGUGUCACCUUGGUCGGCUUGGGGACCUUGUACUUUCGAAAACUGUAAUGACCAGCAAGGCAAAAAAGGUUUCAAACUGAGGAAGCGGCGUAUCACCAAUGAGCCCACUGGAGGCUCUGGGGGCACUGGGAACUGCCCUCACUUACUGGAAGCCAUUCCCUGUGAAGAGCCAUCCUGCUAUGACUGGAAAGCAGUGAGGCUUGGAGAUUGUGAACCAGACAAUGGAAAAGAGUGUGGCCCAGGCACCCAAGUUCAGGAGGUGGUGUGCAUCAACAGUGACGGAGAAGAAGUUGACAGACAGCUGUGCAGAGAUGCCAUCUUCCCCAUCCCUGUUGCCUGUUACGCCCCAUGCCCAAAGGACUGUGUGCUCAGCAUGUGGUCUUUGUGGUCCUCCUGCUCACACACCUGCUCGGGGAAAACCACAGAAGGGAAGCAGAUACGGGCACGGUCCAUUCUGGCCUAUGCCGGUGAGGAAGGUGGAGCUCACUGUCCAAACAGCAGUGCUUUGCAGGAGGUGCGCGGCUGUAACGAGCACGCCUGCACCGUGUACCACUGGCAAACCGGUCCCUGGGGCCAGUGCAUCGAGGACACUUCAGUGUCGUCCUUCAACACGACCACAACUUGGAACGGGGAGGCCUCUUGCUCCGUUGGCAUGCAGACAAGGAAAGUCAUCUGUGUGCGGGUCAACGUGGGCCAAGUAGGACCCAAAAAGUGUCCUGAAAGCCUUCGACCUGAAACAGUGAGGCCCUGUCUCCUUCCUUGCAGGAAGGACUGUCUUGUGACGCCAUAUAGUGACUGGACAUCAUGUCCCACCUCAUGUAAAGAAGGGGACUCCGGAGUCAGAAAGCAGUCUCGGCACAGGGUCAUCAUUCAGCUGCCAGCCAAUGGAGGCAGAGACUGCCCGGACCCGCUCUAUGAAGAGAAAGUCUGUGAGGCCCCUCCAGUGUGCCAAAGCUACAGGUGGAAGACUCACAAAUGGCGCAGGUGCCAGCUGGUUCCCUGGAGUGUGCGACAGGACAGCCCAGGAGCGCAGGAAGGCUGCGGGCCUGGACGCCAGGCAAGAGCUAUUACUUGUCGAAAGCAAGAUGGAGGACAGGCUGGCAUCCACGAGUGCCUUUGGUACGCAGGCCCCGUGCCAGCCCUCACCCAGCCCUGCCAGAUCCCCUGCCAAGAUGACUGUCAGUUUACCAGCUGGUCCAAGUUUUCUUCUUGCAACGGAGACUGUGGUGCAGUUAGGACCAGAAAGCGCACUAUUGUUGGAAAAAGUAAAAAGAAGGAAAAAUGUAAAAAUUCUCAGUUGUACCCCCUGAUUGAGACUCAGUACUGUCCUUGUGACAAGUAUAAUGCACAGCCUGUGGGGAACUGGUCAGACUGCAUUUUACCAGAGGGGAAAGCGGAAUUGUUGCUGGGAGUGAAAACACAAGGAGAUACCAAGGAAUGUGGUCAAGGAUAUCGUUACCAAGCAAUGGCAUGCUACGACCAGAAUGGCAGGCUCGUGGAAACGUCCAGAUGUAACAGCCAUGGUUACAUCGAAGAGGCCUGCAUCAUCCCGUGUCCCUCCGACUGCAAGCUCAGCGAGUGGUCCAACUGGUCCCGCUGCAGUAAGUCCUGUGGGAGCGGCGUGAAGGUUCGGUCCAAGUGGUUGCGUGAAAAACCAUAUAAUGGAGGGAGGCCUUGCCCCAAACUGGACCAUGUCAACCAGGCACAGGUGUAUGAGGUGGUCCCUUGCCACAGUGACUGCAGCCAGUACAUAUGGGUCUCAGAGCCAUGGAGCAUCUGCAAAGUGACCUUUGUCAACAUGCGAGAUAACUGCGGAGAGGGCGUGCAAACCCGGAAAGUGAGAUGCAUGCAGAACACAGCAGAUGGGCCUUCUGACCAUGUAGAAGAUUACCUCUGUGAUCCAGAAGAAAUGCCCCUGGGCUCUAGAGAGUGCAAAUUACCGUGUCCCGAGGAUUGUGUGAUAUCUGAAUGGGGCCCGUGGACCCGAUGCACUUUGCCUUGCAGUCAAAGCAGUUUCCGGCAAAGGUCAGCUGAUCCCAUCAGACAACCCGCUGAUGAAGGAAGAGCCUGCCCUAAUGCUGUUGAGAAGGAACCUUGUAACCUGAACAAAAACUGCUUCCACUAUGAUUAUAAUGUAACAGACUGGAGUACAUGUCAGCUGAGUGAGAAGGCAGUUUGUGGAAAUGGCAUUAAAACCAGGAUGUUGGAUUGUGUUCGAAGUGAUGGCAAGUCGGUUGACCUGAAAUAUUGUGAAGAGCUUGGCCUGGAGAAGAACUGGCCAAUGAACACAUCCUGCAUGGUGGAAUGCCCGGUCAACUGUCAGCUUUCCGACUGGUCUCCUUGGUCAGAAUGUUCUCAAACAUGUGGCCUCACAGGAAAAAUGGUCCGAAGACGCACAGUGACCCAGCCCUUUCAGGGUGAUGGGCGGCCAUGCCCUGCCCUGAUGGAACAGUCCAAGCCUUGCCCAGUGAAACCCUGUUACCAGUGGCAGUAUGGCCAGUGGUCUCUAUGCCAAGUGCAGGAUGCCCAGUGUGGCGAAGGGACCAGAACAAGGAACAUUUCUUGUGUAGUGAGUGAUGGAUCAGCUGAUGAUUUCAGCAAAGUGGUGGAUGAAGAAUUCUGUACUGACAUUGAACCCAUCAUAGAUGGGAAUAAAAAAAUGGUUCUUGAGGACACCUGCACCCAGCCUUGCCCAGGUGACUGUUAUCUGAAGGACUGGUCUUCGUGGAGCCUGUGUCAGCUAACCUGUGUGAAUGGUGAAGACCUAGGCUUUGGUGGAAUACAGGUCCGUUCUAGAGCUGUGAUUAUACAGGAACUAGAAAAUCAGCAUCUGUGCCCAGAGCAAAUGUUAGAAACAAAAUCAUGUAAUGAUGGACAGUGUUAUGAGUAUAAAUGGAUGGCCAGUGCCUGGAAGGGUUCUUCCCGAACAGUCUGGUGUCAAAGGUCAGAUGGUAUAAAUGUAACAGGGGGCUGCUUGGUGGUGCGCCAGCCUGAUGCUGACAGGUCUUGUAACCCACCGUGUAGUCAACCCCACUCAUACUGUAGUGAGAUGAGGACAUGCAGUUGUGAAGAAGGGUACACUGAAGUCAUGUCUUCUAAUGGUACACUUGAGCAGUGCACACUUAUCCCUGUGGUGGUGAUACCCACUGUGGAGGACAAAAGAGGAGAUGUGAAAACCAGCCGGGCAGUACAUCCCACCCAAUCCUCCAGUAACCCAACAGGACGGGGAAGGACCUGGUUUCUACAGCCAUUUGGGCCAGAUGGGAGACUAAAGACCUGGGUUUACGGUGUAGCAGCUGGGGCAUUUGUGUUACUCAUCUUUAUUGUCUCCAUGAUUUAUCUAGCUUGCAAAAAGCCAAAGAAACCCCAAAGAAGGCAAAACAACCGACUGAAACCUUUAACCUUAGCCUACGAUGGAGAUGCAGAUAUGUAGAAUAGAACUUACCCGGGCAACAACCAGUUUCAGCUUUCUGACUUUGCAGUAGACAUCCAGCAGCCACAAAGCUCUUCAUACUGUGUGAAUUCAAAUGCAUUGUAACUUUUUAAAAGAGCAUCAAAGAGUGAAAAUCAGUGCCAAUGGAGAUAUCAAGAUAGUACCACUUAUGUAAAAAUAAAAAAUCAGCGAUGAGAAUUCUAGGAGAUUCAGUUGACUACAGGCUGCAUUCUGAGAGUUUUUUUGUGAUCUUUUCAGAAAUCUACCAACUGACCAUUCACUUUCAUCUCUAAAAUACGGUUGUGGAAUUGGUCAGUUAGAACACCUGAUGCAAGCCUCUGUCGGCAGUGUUAACCCAUAGUAACAUUUUAGCAUGAAGAGUUUAUACCAAGAUCUCUACAAUAUUAUAGUCAACAUAACAACAUGUAUACUCAAUUGAAUGAUACACAUUACUAUGUCAGACUAUGUACUUGUUAAUAAGCAGUUUUAAUGGUGAAUAAGAGAUAAGCUCUAAGCUGAGCAGAGAAUCCAUUGAGUAAGUUCAGCAUCUUGGUGGUUGAUGGUAGCUUUCAUUAACCUGCGUUUCAGAGGCAAAGACUCUUUUAUAAGACUUAACUCUUGUAUUUCUCCAAAGUACGAAUGCUGGACAUGUACUAGUAUCUUAGAGAAAAAAAAAAAAAAGUCCUCAAGUUCAGUAUUUUAUAGUGGUUAUUGUCUGGAAAACUAAUUUGCUUGUGUUAAUACAUUUCUACUUUCCCUAAUUUUCAAACUGGUUGACUGCAUCUCCUUUGCUCUAUGGAAGGCACAUUUUUGCACUAUAUUAGUGCAGCAUGAUAGGCACUUAACCAGGAUUGCCAUAGAAACUGCCUCUUUUCAUAUGGGAUGAAGACACCUGUGCUAAGAGUGUCAUGGAGCCAUUUUCAAGUUCUUACAUCCGGAAGAGAUUAAAGUUCAGUUUGAAUGGCUACAGGAUGGAAAUAGCUAUUACACCUGCUGUCUAUGCUCUUCCUCAUUGCUGCAGCCAUUGUGAAAUCAACAACGUGGCGGUGAUUUCAAUGUUCUAAUCCCGAACUCAUUAACCCUUCAAAAGAUGGAUCCCUCUAGUUGGUUUUUAAUUGUACUUUGAAGGCAGUUUACAACUAGAUUUUUAUAUUUGUUACCUUUGUUAAAAAAAGAAAAGAAAAGAAAAAAAGGAGCCAGUUGU